UAAACUGUCAGUACAAAGUGAAGAAAUUUUGUUUCGUCCAAAGUCCAAACGUUGUAUUUGGUCAUGAGCGGCCUGUCAGGCUGCUUUGAAUUUUAUCACAGAACCAUAGCCAGAAAUAUCUGGCUCCAUUAUUGGUGGAAUUUAGAUUAAUACUUUUUUCAAUUUUUCACUUUAAAUUUUUAUUUAAAAUACAAAAAUAAAGUAAAAGUGAAAAUUCAAAUUAUAUUAUUUAAUAACAGAUUUCUUUGACCUGAGGAAUGGAAGUGAACCUAUUUGCAGUCCACAAGUUGUAUUAUUUAUGUGCAAAAGGAAUACUUCCCUUUCCAAAAAAAUAGUGUUUUGAAAUACAUUUCUAACAUACAUUUCCCCCUACGCAUAUUCCUAAGCCUAGGUAACAGUAAUUUGUUGCGUUAGUAUAUAAACUCGUUACGUAGUAGAUCUAUAUUUGUCCGAUGCUUCUAUAGCACCUCCUUCUUUUCUUCCAAUUUUAUUCUCUAACAUCUCAGAUUUUCAGACUUACAUCGUCAAUACGAUGGCCACAGAAAAAUCUGGUUACCCCCAAACCAACAAGCAAGCGGAUGUGAAGAUUCGUCCAUUGGCGGACUUCCCGCCAUGCAUUUGGACCGAUCGGUUCAAGCCAAUUACCAUAGACAAGCAGGUGUACGACAUGCAUGCUAAGGAGAUUGAAAUGCUGAAGGAAGAAGUGAGAGGUAUGCUAAUUAAGAGUAUGAAAGACGGGACAACGAUCCACAAGUUGAACUUGGUCGACACAGUAGAACAACUUGGCAUCUCCUAUCACUUCGACAAAGAAAUUGACUCCAUUCUGCACCAAAUCUUCCUUCAAAACGGUCCAUCAAAGGUUGUUGACGAUGAUUUAUAUGCCACUGCCCUUCAAUUUCGACUACUGAGGCAACACGGUUUUAAUGUUUCUUCCAGUGUCUUUCAACAAUUUUUGAACAGCAAUGGUGAAUUCAAAGAAACCCUAACCAAAGACAAAAGAGGUCUUUUGAGUUUAUAUCAAGCGGCCUACUUGAGGACUCAAGACGAUACUAUCUUAGAAGAAGCCCUUUCUUUUGCUACUACUCAUCUGAAAUGUGGAGAAGAAUUGGAAACAAUGCCUUCUUCUCUGGCCAAACAAAUCAAACAUGCUCUUGAACAGUCACUUCAUAGGGGCGUUCCAAGAGUUGAGGCCCGUCAUUUCAUCUCAGUUUAUGAAGAAGAUGAAGCCAAAAACACUACACUCUUAAGGUUGGCCAAAUUGGAUUUCUACUAUCUACAGAUAUUGCACAGGAAGGAACUUGACCAGAUUGAAAGCUGGAUUGAGGAGCUGAAACUUGUAUCAGAAGUGCCUUAUUCAAGAGCGAGAUGGGUGGAAUGUUAUUUCUGGGGCUUGGCAACUUUCUUUGAGCCUCAAUAUUCUUUAUGUCGAAUCCUCAGUGCCAAAUCAUCUGUCUUCAUUACGACAAUAGAUGACACAUAUGAUGCCUAUGGUGACCUUGAUGAACUAAAAGCUUUCAGAGAUGCAAUUGAAAGGUGGGACAUUAAGGAAGCUGAUGGACUCCCAGAGUACAUGAGAAAAACAUACAUAGCACUUAUAAAUGUGGUUGAGUGGAUGGAUCAGGAGUUUGCUAAACAAGGAAUGUCUCGAUCAUAUGUAUCGUCUAAAUACAAGGAAGAGUGGAAACGAUACGUGAGGGCUAGCUACACUCAGUCUAAGUGGUUCCUCAAUAGAGAGCUGCCAGCAUUCCAAGAUUACAAAGAAGCAGCAAUUAUCACAAGCGCAUACUUCAUACUUGCACCAGCUUCCUUGGCAUUCAUGAAGAUGGGUAUAGAGGAGGUGUUUGAUUGGCUAGCAAAAGAUCCUAAAAUUGUAGUAGCUGCAUCAAAGAUAGGCCGUUUUAUCAAUGACAUUGCUUCAUAUGAGUCUGAGAAGCAAAGGGGUACAACUGGACUAGAAUGUUAUAUGAACAGUUUCAAUGUUUCUGAAGAAGAAGCAAUAAAGAAAUUCGAAGAAAUCGUAGAAGAUGCAUGGAAGGAAAUCAAUGAAGAGCUACUCAUGCCAGCCACGGACACCAUGCCAAGAGAAAUUCUCAUGGUAUUUCUUAACCUUGCAAGGAUACUGGAUGUUACUUACAAGCACAAUCUUGAUGGAUACACCGAUCCUGCUUUAGUCCUUGAGCCUCAUAUUGUCGACGUGCUUUUGGAUCUUAUCGUUCUUUAAUUAAUAUUCCUUCAUUAUCAGAGUAUACCAAUAGUCUUUUUUGGCUAAAAUUUUAAAUAAUGUUUGCUUGAUAACUAUUGUGUAUAUACCACGAGAUGAAGGGGGUUAGUAUUUGCAUUUGAUGUGUGAGGAUAUAAGCAAUCAUGUCAGGAUUGUAAUAAUUCAGUCUUUAGUGUGUCGGAGUUCUUUUCUUUUCCUUUUCUUUGGCUUUCUGGUUGUAUUUGUAUUGAUAUUUUUAUUUCUGUUCGUAUUUUAUGUGUAAUAAAUCCAAAAAUUAUAUAUACAAUCAACACGCUCGUUGUGUUGUAGUGUUGUUUAUUGUGUUUACAUUUGAAUGCUGCAGUAUAAUAGUUAAAUCUAAAGAAU